UCUUUCUCUUUCUCUUUCUGCUGUAUCCCAGCACAGGACUUGCAAGUGACUUUGCAAGGCUGCAUUUAGCCCCACUACAAGUACCAAGUUUCGGAGUGCAGGAGCAAGUUCGGAGAGUCGAUAUUUUACGUACCUGCAAAAAAACACACAAAAAAACCACGGGCGAAAAAGGAUUGGUUUUACCUGUUGAUGAAGUCCCUCCGGGUGUGGGACGCAGAGGAGCAGUCGGGUUUCUUCACCCAGAAGAAAAGUCUGAAAAGAGUGCAGGCAACACACCUCUCCGGCGGCCAGGAGGAGUGAGGGACCUCGGCUUUUUCCUUUCCCCCGGCAUUUGCAGCCUGUGCUGGGUUGUUGGAAAAUGGGCACUCCGACCACUUCGGUCUGUGGACUUAUCCUGUCUUUGAUACUCUCAUGCCAGCUGGUUACUGUGACUCAGGCCUCCAAGGUGUGGGGAGAGGUCCCUCUCCCAGAAGACUUGGAGGGGGAGAAAGAUGUCCAGGCGUCUCGGAGCUUACUGGACGACGACGAGGACUUUGCUGCUGAUGAAGCUUCAGGAGAUCUGCCCAGUGGAGAGGAUGAUGGAAGCACACCAUGGCCUCCAGUCUCCGAGAGCACAACGCACUGGUUGGACUCUUCAUAUCUAAGGAACAUAGAGAGCCCACUCGAACCAGACUACAUUUAUUACAGAGCUCUCGUCAACUUCACUGACUCCCUGGUCUACGGCCCCGAGCUCGAGGACAUCUUCUCUCCAGCUUUUAACGAGAUCUCUGAAGCAGUGGUGGACACGCUGGAGUCAGAAUACAACAGGAUUCAAGGUGUCCAGACAGUCAGCGUGGUCCUCAUUAAGAAGAUGAUAAGAGAGGAUGGCGUGGACGUAUUUGUGGAGUUGGAUGUGGGUUCUGACUACAACGCCAAUGACGAACAGAUCCGCAGCGUGCUGUACAACGUGGUGAAGGAGGGAGCCAUUGCUUCCUACGUCACAUCAGUCCAGGGCUUUCAGUUCAGACGGCUUGGGGAAGUUCAACCUCUGCCUCCAGUGGAGCCUAUAGCCGUGCCAGUAACUCCUGGCAUCAGACCCUGCAUGCCAGAUGAGCACAAGUGUGGUGAUGGGACAUGUAUCCUGAUGGAAUACCUGUGUGACAACAGACCAGACUGCAGAGACAUGAGUGAUGAGACCAAUUGUGACAUAAAACAGACGGUCCCUCUGGUCUCCACCACCCCUACCACCACAACCCCCACCACCACCCCCAUCAAGAAGCCCCCGCGGCCCCCCAGCCCACCUGGACCCUGCAGAGCGGAUCAAGCCACAUGCCAGAGCGGAGAGUGUAUCCCUCGAGACUACAUCUGUGACGGAGAGAGGGACUGCUCGGACGGAAGCGACGAGUUCAGAUGUGGUACUCCAUCUCCCUGUGAACCCAAUGAGUUCAAGUGUAAAAAUGGCCGCUGUGCCCUUAAGCUCUGGCGCUGUGAUGGAGACAACGACUGUGAGGAUAACUCGGAUGAAACGGACUGCCCCACCAAGGGUCCUGACGACAGGUGUGCUCCUGAGCAGUUUGAAUGCCUGACCGAUCGCACCUGCAUCCCAGCUAGUUACCAGUGUGACGACGAGCCAGACUGCCCUGACCGCUCGGAUGAGUACGGCUGCACCCCUCCCACUGUGACAAGCCCGCCGGAAGAGUCCAUUCAGGCAGCGCGGGGGGCGACCGUGACGUUCUACUGUCAGGCUGUGGGAGUCCCAACACCUAUCAUCACCUGGCGACUCAACUGGGGACACAUUCCUCUCAGUGGCAGGAUCUCCAUGACCAGCGAGAAUGGCCGCGGCAGUCUGACCAUCCGCGAUGUGAAGGAGGCGGAUCAGGGGGCGUACACCUGUGAGGCCAUCAAUGCUAAAGGCCUGGUGUUUGGGAUCCCUGACGGAGUCCUUACUCUGACAUCCAGUCCAAAUCCAGGCAACUGUCCUGAUGGUCACUUCAGUGUGGAGAACCGCUGUGUGUCCUGCUUCUGUGCCGGACUCUCCAAGAACUGCAAAGGAACCGGCCGCUACCGCAACCAGAUCAGCCUGCGUUUCACUAAGGAGGAAGACUUCAAAGGAGUGAAUGUCAGCUACCCGGCCAGGCCAGGCACUCCUCCUCUCUCCUCCACUCAGCUCCUCAUUAACCCAGAGAUGGAAGAGUUCCAGCUCGUCGACCUGUCGCGCCGUUUCCUCAACCUCGACUCCUUCUGGACCCUGCCUCGCCAGUUCCUGGGCAACAAGAUUGACUCCUAUGGAGGAUCCCUGAAGUUCAAGGUGCGGUACACAUUGGCCCGCGGUCUGUCUGAGCCUGUGGAGAAGCCUGAUGUGAUGCUGGUUGGAAACGGACGCAGGCUGGUGUACCGCAGAGGCAACCCCACCCCUGCCCAAGUGGUCAACCAGAAGGAAAUCAAGUUCACUGAAGAUAGAUGGCAGCACUCCAGCGGCCGCCCUGUGAGCCGGGAGGAGCUGAUGAUGACGUUGGCCAACCUGGACAGCAUCAGCAUCCGCACCAUCUACGACAACCACAUGGUCAGCGUGGGACUCGCCGACAUUGUCAUGGAAACCACCGCUGUGGAGUUCAGCACUCUGGGUCAUGCUAAGGAUGUCGAAGAGUGCAGAUGUCCUCCUGGAUAUUCAGGCCUGUCCUGUGAGAUGUGUUCCCCUGGUUUCGAACGUGUCUCCGGUGGCUCCUAUCUUGGCACCUGUGCUGGUUGUAACUGUUAUGGACACGCCAGCGCCUGCGAUCCAAUCAGCGGACACUGUCUGAGCUGCCAGCACAACACAGAGGGCCCUCAGUGUGAUAAGUGUCGCCCGGGCUACUUUGGUGACCCGAGCAGAGGUCGCUCCGAUGACUGCAAGCCCUGCCCCUGCCCGUACUAUGAGACAUCCCGCCGCUUUUCUGACACCUGCUUCCUGGACGUCGACCAACAGGCAACAUGUGACGCCUGCAGGCCCGGCUACACAGGAAGACGCUGCGAAAAGUGUGCUCCUGGUUACCAGGGUAACCCUCUUCUGCCUAAUGGAAAAUGUGCUCCUAACCAAAGCUCCAAGUGUGAUAACAGAGGAACUGUCAGCUCCAGCAGCAGACCAUGCAGCUGCAAGAACAACGUGGCAGGCGCUGUGUGUGACGAGUGUAAGGCCGGGUUCUUCCAUCUAUCAGAGACCAACCCUGAGGGCUGUCUACGUUGUUUCUGCAUGGGCGUCACCAAACAGUGUGCCAGCUCCACUUGGACUAGAGAUCAGGUGCGAGGAGGGGUGAACGGGCAGCUCUUCUCCCUCUCCAACAGUGCCAACACUAAAACUAUCUCGGAAGGCAUCUCCCAGCGGGGCUCGUCUGAAAUUGUCUAUCGCUCGUUCUCCAGUGUCCCCAAAGACAUCUACUACUGGGUCCUGCCUGAGAGCUUCAGAGGAGAUAAGGUGACGGCCUAUGGCGGGGAGCUUCGCUACACGGUGCGCUUCGAACCGUUCCAGCGCUCGCUGGUGAUCGACGGUCAGCCGGACGUGGUUCUCCAGGGCAACGGCAUCUUCCUGGAGCACUACUCUCAGACCAAGCCUCUCCCGCGUGUCCCACAGACUGUCACCGUGGUCUUCAGGGAGUCUGGAUGGCGCCGCGCUGAUGGGCAGCCGUGUACUCGUGAGCACCUGCUGAUGGCCCUGGCUGACGUUACCGUCUUCAUGAUCAGGGCCACCUACGCAGACAACAUGGUAGAAACCAGUAUCUCAGACAUCAAGAUGGACGUGGCUGUUCCUCACUCCACUGGUAAUGAACGUGCCCUGGAGGUGGAAGAGUGCGCCUGUCCUCAGGGAUACAGAGGACCCUCCUGCCAGGAGUGUAGUGAAGGGUACACUCGGACCAGCUCGGGCCUCUACCUGGGCACUUGCGAGAGGUGCGACUGCAACGGUCACGCCAGCAGCUGUGACGCAGAGACCGGCAGGUGUCUGCAAUGUCUCCAUAAUACCGCUGGGCCAAGGUGUGAGCUCUGUCAGACUGGAUUCUAUGGAAACCCGGUAACGGGUGGUGCUCAGGCCUGCCAGCCCUGCCCCUGUCCUGGAACCGCUUCCAGCAACCAAUUCUCUUCGACCUGCUACCUGGAGUCUGACGGUCAGCCGACCUGUGACAACUGUCCCCCUGGAUACACUGGCCGACGCUGUGAAAGAUGUGCGGAAGGAUACACUGGCCAUCCACUGAUUGGACAGAGAUGUAGUGUUGGCAACAAUGAAGUCAAUGGUAACUGCUAUAACUGUGACCAAAGAGGAAGUGAAGGCUGCAAUGGUGGUGUGUGCCGCUGCAAGAUGAACGUUGAAGGCCCAUCUUGCUCCAGCUGCAAGUCUGGAACCUUCCAUCUCAGCCCGGAAAACAAAGAUGGCUGCCUGUCCUGUUUCUGUAUGGGCGUCACUCAGCAGUGCUCCAGCUCUAACCACUACAGAGACCUGGUGUCCUCGGUCUUUUCUCCAGGAAACUUCCAGGGCUUUGCUCUGGUGAACCGUCAACGCACCAACCGCAUCGUCACUGGUUUCACUGUGGAGGUCUCCACUGAAGGCACUCAGCUGUCCUACACCAACUUUGACUACCUGGGACAGGAGCCUCAUUACUGGCAGCUUCCAGAGGUCUACCAGGGAGACAAGAAAGAGUCGCUCUUUGCUCGCACGAAACGAGCAGAGCAGGGUGAUGUCAGACAGCUGGAUGAUGAGGUCUGGGCACUCUUCUCUAACUUCUCCAAUGGACGAGCUGGUUCCCCUCCAUUUUUUCCCUCCUCCUCUAAGUCCGCUUCCUAUUCUUCUUCUUCUUCCUCUUCUUCCUCUCGGGUCCCAACUUCCCCCUCCUCCUCUUCCUAUCGAUGGUCUUUGAGUAACCUGAGCCCCCCUUCUCCUCCGUCUGGUAUCGCCUCUUCGGUUAGUCCAAAAAGACGCCAGCCCUACUCCCCAGGCCACUCUCCCCGUCUGCAGAGCAAGAACGCAGUAAGCAAGACUUCUGGGGACAGCAGCAAGUACGCUCUGGUCUACAAAGGUUUCAGCUUGCACCAGGAUGAUCUGCUCUACUGGCAGCUCCCUGCGCAGUUCACAAGGGAUAAGGUGGGUUCUUAUGGCGGUAAGCUCAAAUACUCCGUCUCCUACGUGGCCGGUCCAAGAGGAACCAUACUUGAGGAUGGUGAUGUCCAGAUUAUUGGGAACGACAUCACUUUGGUAGCUCGUCAGCCCUGGCAGAGGAGGCAGCAGGGCAGCAGAGAGACUCAGCGCUUUGAGAUCGUCUUCAAAGAGGAAAACUGGCAACGUCCUGAUGGCAUGCCCGCCACCCGAGAGCACCUGUUGAUGGUUUUGGCUGAUCUGGAUGACAUCCUGAUUCGAGCAUCCUACUCCACUGAGAUGCGCUCCUCCAGUAUCUUUGAUAUCAACAUGGAAGUCGCGGUGCCCAACUACAGCGGCCUGGCUCAGGCCCUCGAGGUGGAGCAGUGCCGCUGCCCACCUGCAUACCAGGGACUCUCUUGCCAGGACUGCGCCCCUGGAUAUACCCGCACUGGAGGAGGUUUAUACCUGGGCCACUGUGAGCUCUGUGAAUGCAAUGGCCACUCUGACUUCUGCCACCCGGAGACUGGCAUCUGCACGAGCUGCCUGCACAACACUCAGGGCGAGCUCUGUGAGCAGUGUGCUCCUGGCUUCUUUGGUGACCCCACUGCUGGCACUCCGGAGGACUGCCAGCCCUGCGCCUGCCCUCACACUGACCCAGACAACCAGUUCUCGCCCACCUGUGAGAGCCUUGGAAAUGGAAACUACCAGUGUACUGCCUGUCAGCCUGGGUACACUGGCCAGUACUGUGAACGUUGUGCUUCUGGAUACGUCGGCAACCCACAGGAGAGACAGAAGUGUCGCCCACAUGAUGUUGCAGCCUCGCUGGUGGUGAAAGUUUAUCCAGAGAGGGUCCUGUCCUCCCCGGGUAGCCCUGUCACUCUCCGGUGCCAGGUGUCCGGCUCUCCUCCACACUAUUUCUACUGGUCCAGAGAGGAUGGACGGCCCGUCUCCAGCAGUGCUGACAGACGCAGACAAGGAGCAGAGCUGUACUUCUCCAGUGUCCAGCCGGGCGAUGCCGGCGUCUACAUCUGCACCUGCAGAGACCAGCACAGCACCAACCGGAGCCGUGCGGAAAUUGUUGUCACAAGUGCCCCAUCCAAAGCCAUUGAGGUGACGGUCGAGGAGCCCAAAGCCCAGACUGUCAGGGUGGGGUCUACUGUCAGCUUCAUCUGUACUGCAAAGAGCAAGUCACCAGCCUACACCCUGGUGUGGACACGGACGGGCAACGGGAAGCUGCCCAACCGGGCCAUGGACUUUAACGGCAUCCUGACGAUUCAGAACGUCCAGCCCGAGGACGCAGGCGUCUACGUUUGCACGGGCUCCAACAUGUUUGCCAUGGACGAGGGCAACGCCAUCCUCUACGUGCCAGAGGCCUCACAGACUCAGAUGUUUUACACAGCCUAUGAAAUGUUUGAAGGACACGGAAAGACUGCAGAGGGUGCCGUGCCUGUGGCCACAGUCACUCCCUCAGUGCUGAAUGUCCAGCAGGGCCAGCGGGCAGAGUUCCGCUGCACAGUGACCGGGAACCCAACCGCUGCUAUUGAAUGGAAAGGGGGUCCAGGGAACAGAAUGAGUCCCAGAGCGGUGGUACGAGGUGGCGUUCUGACCUUCACAGCAGUGGACCCAGCUGAUGAGGGAGAGUACACCUGCAAGGCCCUGAACACUCAUGGGGAGCACGUAGCGCGGGUUUCCCUUUAUGUACAAAAGUCCAACCCAAGUGGCCUAGGCACCCAGCCCCAAGUCCAAGUCAGUCCCCAAAAAAUUGAAGCCCACGAAGGCGACAACUUGAGGUUGUACUGCCGAGCAACAGGAGUACCCACCCCUAAGCUCACCUGGCUGAAAAAUGGAGGACAAAUCCCUCCACAGGCCAUUCCCUCUCACGGUUUCCAUCAGUUUAAAAGCAACAGUCUCGAUGUGUUACAGAGACGUAUUGAGGAGCUGCAGGCCCGCAUGGACCGCACCGACAUCGGUACUCUGCUCAUCCCCAACAUCCAGAUGUCCGACUCGGGCACCUACAUGUGUGUUGGUAGCAACAGCAUUGGCUCAAAUAGUGCUCCCAUCAAAGUCUCUGUGCUCAAAGCGGACCAUAGCUCCUCAGUGGUCAGCAUCCAGCCAUCUAUAGCUGAUGUCCAGGAGGGCCAGAGUCUGGAGCUCAACUGCUUCGCCCCUGGAAAUCCUCCUCCCCAAGUCACCUGGACGAAAGCCGGUGGACGACUCUCCUCCAACCACCAGGUUCUGGGCAGUCAGCUGCGUAUCCAGUCAGCCACUCCAGAGGAUUCAGGGGAGUAUAUCUGUCGGGUGCUGGGCAACCCUGGGAACCCAGGAUCUCAUGUCCACCAGGCCUCUGUCUCUGUGUCCGUCACGUCAUCUUCUUCACGUCUUCAGAGUCCAAUCAUCGCCAUUGAGCCCCACAGCGCUGCUGUGCGUGUGGGGGAGUCGGCCAGCUUCAGGUGUAGGGUGUACAGCGGACAGCAGCCUGUCAGACUGGAGUGGAAACUGGCCAACAACCAGCCGCUACCAGAUAAUGUUAAAGUUAGUGAUGAUGGUUCUGUUGUCACCAUUACCGAUGCCCGCCCUAUGAAUCAUGGCGCCUACCGUUGUGUGGCGAGCAACCCGUUCGGUAUCACCCACACCAUUGUGUCUUUGAUUGUCAAAGAGUCUCCUGUGGCCAUUGUCACUCCUGUUGGCCCUGUGCAUGUCAGGGUGGGCGAACCCAUUAACCUGGAAUGCCAGGCGUCAGGAGAACCCCGCCCCUCAGUCUCAUGGCACAGGCUGGACAGCAACCGCAAGACCAUGCUGAGCAGCCCUGUGCCCAUGAAGUCCAAUGCAGUCAUGCAGAUACUGGUGGCACGUCGAGAAGACAGUGGCACGUAUGUAUGCACAGCUCGCAACAACGAGGGCACUACGGAGACCAAGGUGGAGGUCAUUGUCGAGGGAGGCUCUCAAGUACCCACAGUGCCCAGGGCCUCUGUUCCUGAGCCGCUGAUGAUUGUGGUGGAGGGACAGACUGCCACGCUGCGCUGUGAGGCCCACGGUGUCCCGUCGCCGACGAUCACCUGGACCAAGCUGCGGUCUCCUCUGCCUUGGAGACACAAGAUGGUGAACAACAGCUUGGUGCUGCCCACAGUGGGCCGCCAAGACUCUGGAGAAUACAUCUGCACUGCCACCAACAACAUGGGCACCACUGAAGUCACCAUCAUGCUAGAUGUAGAGACCCCUCCUUAUGCCACUUCUGUGCCUGACGAUGUGGCUGUGCGAGUCGGGGAGGUGAUCAGGUUGCAGUGCCUGGCUCAUGGCACUCCUCCUCUGACCUACACUUGGACCAAGCUGGAUGGAAACCUGCCCCCGAGGGCCCAGGUUAGCGGCGGGGAUCUCCAGAUCAACCUGGCCACCGCCGAGGACGCUGGCAGCUAUAAGUGCGUGGCCAGCAACAAAGUAGCCAAAAGCGAAGUGAUCGCUAAAGUCACAGUCAGAUCCCCCUUGGCAGUUCGUGUAUCACCCCAGGUUGAAGUAAAGGCCCAGGGCAGUGCUGUGGAGUUCACCUGCUCAGCAGCAGGCGGCAUAGAAACCAAAAUUGAGUGGCUGAAGGAAGGAGGAGCCCUGCCACCGAACCACCAUAUCAAGGAUGGGGUGCUCAGGAUUGAGAACCUUGAGCAGAGCAACGAAGGCGUGUAUAUCUGCAGAGCCAGCAGUGUGUAUGGUCAGGCCCAGGAUACUGCUAGGUUGACCAUCCAAGCCCUGCCAAAGGUGAUGAUCAACGUGCGUACCUCAGUGCAGACCGUGAUGAUAGGGAACUCUGUGGAGUUUGAGUGCCAGGCUGUUGGCGACCCAGAGCCCACAGUUAAGUGGAGCAAAGUGGGCGGGUCUCUGCCUGCUCACAUCAUGGUGAAGGGCGGCAUGCUGAGAAUCGAUCAGGUGACGGAGGCUGACGCCGGGCAGUACCGCUGUACGGCCACCAACGACGUAGGCUCGGUACAGUCCCAGGUGGUCCUUCACGUCCAGUCCCUUCCUCAAAUUGCUGCGCAGCCUGAAACUAAGGAGGUCACAGUUGGGUCUGAUGCAGUCUUGCCCUGUGUGGCUACAGGAUACCCUGUACCUGAGAUCAAAUGGUCCAAGGUGGAAGGAGAGCUUCCUCCUAAGUGUUUCCAGGAUGUCAACGCGCUGACAGUUCCUCGGGUCACCCACGAGGAUUCUGGGACAUAUGUCUGCACCGCCUCUAACAAACAGGGAAAAGUGGAAGCCUUUACUACACUUGAAGUGCACGAGAGAGUGAUGCCAUACUUUGCCCAGGAACCUGUGUCCUACCUCACCCUGCCCACCAUCAAAAAUGCCUACAAGGCUUUCAGCAUUAAGAUCAACUUCAGACCUGAUAAUGUGGAUGGUCUCAUAUUGUACGCUGGUAUGAUCCUCUACAACGGCCAGAGAAGGACCACAGGAGCGGACUUUAUCUCUCUGGGACUUGUGGGCGGCCGCUUGGAGUUCAGGUUUGACGUGGGCUCCGGCAUGGCCUCCAUACGUGACCCUAACCCUGUCAAACUGGGAGAGUUUCACACAGUUGAGCUGUAUCGCAACCACACUUUGGGCUAUAUCAUUGUAGACGGAGGGGAGCCCAUCAACGGCAGCUCACAGGGCAAGUUCCAGGGCCUGGAUCUGAAUGAGGAGCUGCAUGUGGGUGGUUACCCCAACUACACAGUCCUCGCCAAAACAGCUGGAAUCAAGACUGGUUUUGUUGGCUGUAUCCGUCAGCUGGUCAUCCAAGGUGAGGAGGUUAUCUUUAAAGACCUUGACCGCAGCUCUACUGGUGUCACAAACUGCCCCACCUGCAAAGACCACCCAUGCCAGAAUGGAGGGAGGUGUGAGGACUCAGAAGCCAGCUUGUAUAAGUGCGGCUGCCCCAGAGGAUUCACAGGCAGCAACUGCCAGCACCACUCAUCCCUGCACUGUCACUCAGAGGCCUGCGGACCAGACGCCACUUGCAUCAACCGCCAAAAUGGCCUGGGCUAUGACUGCCGCUGCCAUCUUGGCAAGUUUGGAAACAAAUGCAUGGAUGGGGAACUGGUGACCACUCCACUGUUUGAUGGUGAGGAGUCAUACAUAGCCUAUCCUCCCCUGACCAACGUCCACGAUGACCUGCGUGUUGAGCUGGAGUUCAAGCCCCUGGAAAGAGACGGCCUGAUGUUUUUCUGUGGAGGGAAGAAAAUGAAGGUGGAGGACUUUGUUGCAAUCUCCAUGGUGGAGGGACAUGUAGAGUUCAGAUUUGAACUGGGCACAGGCCAAGCAAUCCUUCUCAGUUCAGAGCCAGUCUCUCUGGGCCAGUGGCACAGAGUUGUGGCCGAGCGAAACAAGAAAGCCGGCCACCUGAAAGUCGAUCAAGGACCAGUGGAGAGGAAGACGUCUCCAGGAAGUACCCAGGGCCUCAAUAUCCACACCCCCAUGUACCUGGGAGGAGUCCCCAGCAUGGACAUCCUGCCGAAGCCCGCCAAUGUCAGCGAACUGUUUAAGGGCUGUAUAGGAGAGGUUGCCAUCAACAACAAGAAGGUGGAUCUGUCCUACAGCUUCACAGAAAGCAGAUCUAUCCGCAAGUGUGUGGACAACAGCCCCUGUGACCGCCGGCCCUGCCUGAAUGGUGGUCACUGCAUGUCGAGUGCUGAAUAUGAGUACCAGUGCCUCUGUAAGGAUGGAUUUGAAGGUGAGCGUUGUGAAGUGGUGAAAGACGUGUGCCAGAGCAACCUUCAAUGCCAGAAUGGCGGCAGCUGCGUCGCCGGCCAGUGUGUGUGUGCGCCCGGCCACACGGGCCUAAACUGCGAAGAAAGCCAGGUCUCCAGCUUCCCCAAGGCCCUGAGGAAUUUGGAAAGUAGCGAGUCGAAUGAUUCGCCCUAUCAGUACGCAGCUCAUUUCCACAGUGAUGGAUACGUUGCCAUUCCCAGAUCCAUUUUUCCAAGAAGUCCCCAUGACUCGCCAGAGACCAUCGAACUGGAGAUCAACACAAGCUCCUCUGAAGGGCUGAUCUUGUGGCAGGGAGUGGAACCUGGAGAAAACGGCAAAGGCAAGGACUUCAUUAGCCUUGGGCUGCAGAAUGGACACCUUGUUUUCAGAUACCAGUUGGGCAGCGGAGAGGCAGAAAUCUUGUCCCAGAGGUCCAUUAAUGAUGGGAGAUGGCAUAAGGUCACAGCAGUCAGAACUGGAAAAGAUGGAUACAUCCAGAUUGAUGGAGGAGCCGCGCUACAUGGACAGUCUAAAGGCAAAAGCCUCAUGGUCAACACUAAAGGCAAUUUAUACCUUGGCGGAGCCCCAGACAUGUCUGCUAUGACAGGAGGGAAAUUUUUGUCUGGAAUGACGGGCUGCGUGAGGAACCUGGCACUAAUGAACGCCCGGCCGGGACAGCAGCCAGUCCAGGCCAUCGACCUGCAAACCUACGCAGCCCACGGCAUCAACGUGCAGCCGUGCUCUUCGUAGAUCGCAGCACACACACAAACACACAAGCACACAAACACACACGUACACACACAGAGACUAUGGAGUGAUGUCAGACACACACACACACACACAGCAGACUCACACAGAGAGACUUGGUGCUUUGCUGCUACCAAAAAAAAAAACUAAAAAACAAGAUGACACAACAGGAUAUGUUUCUCUGUGUGCAGUUAAACCAAAAAAGAGAAAAAAAUGAAACAAUAUUAAAAAGUCUUCUCUUCCUCGGUGUUGUAUUGUCAAUGAAGGACUAUUAACACAGGAGAACCAGUACAGUUUACAUACUUCCAGCAGUAGUUUUAGCCAUGAGAAGAGUAAGAGUAAAACAUAUUAGGCCUUCUACGAUGGGUCAGAUCCUAUGGAGUUGGAGAUGUUUUUACAGCACUGAAUUUUUAUUUAUAUACAUAUGAAUAUAUAUAUUAUAUUUGUGGGGGAAAACAUGCAAACUAACCAUAACUGCUCUUCAACUUUCCUAGAGUUUAUUCUGGGUUCUAAUACUGUGUGUCCAUGGCUUUUUAUAGGCCUAACUGUAUUAAUACUUAAAGAUGUUUAGGCCUUCUUUCUUCACUUCUGUAGAGGAACCUUUUUUUUUUUCUUUUUUUUUUUUUUUUUUCAAGCGCGCAAGCAUGCUUACAGUCUUUUGCAAAUUGUUGGGAGAGGAGCGCACACGGUCACAUGCAGCGUCAGUACACAACUCAGGUCGUCGAAUACAAAUUAAUAACCGCAGAUUUUUUUUUUUUGCUUUGCAAGUCAUUCACCGCGCUGUUGUCUUCUGUGGCUGUAUUCGUUUUGUUUUUAUGAAAAAGAAAGAAACAUUGGUGCUAACGUCAGACAUGAAGAUACAUCACAUCAUCGCAUGGUUAUCUGUCUGUCACAUGUAGAGAGGUGCUUUUUUUUGUAAUUUGGUUACUUAGAUGAAGAAAACGAUGUUAAACAGUAUACACUAGUGUCACAUUUGUUGAUAUGCAUGGCGUUUGAGGUUGAUUUUUUUUUCUUAAGAAUAUGGCAUGGUUUGUUGCCUCCGCAGCCUUAUUUGAUUGAGUAGAUCUCAUAUAAACGGUUUUAAAAAGCUGAAAAGGGUGUAUUUUUUUAUGUGUGGUUGUUGAAGAUAUAUUAUUUUAUAUGUAAAAAAUAUCUGCUAGACAGGAAGAUAUAGAGAAUGAGUGUGUAUGCUAGUAAAUUUGUUGGUUAUGUGUGUCUCAGCCCACUUCCAUUUAUCACAGGUCACUCUACUUUAAGCCCCAGUAUGGAGUCGUGUUUGUGUGUGUGUGUGUGCGUGCCAGUGUCAUUAUCCAUAUCCUCAGGAGGAGGGUCAACCCAGAACUGCCCUCACGAUGUUACUCAACUUUCAGAUUUGGUCAUUCAGUAAGCUAUGAAACUCUGAAGGCUCUGUGGUUUUCUCUGCAGAAGGAGAUUUCUGUGCAGCAGGCGGCAGUAGGACACAGUUGGGAUAGUGUUUGGUCGUGUGGGAAUGCAAUGGAAGCCUCCUGCAGGUGCUGUGACCAGUCGUGUAGCUCUAAUAAAGCAUGCUUGCUCACUUUUAGUCGGCCACACCACAAAACAACAACGGCCCGAUCACUUUGGGCGUUCACAAACCUGUUUUCUCCUAUUUGUAAGCUUAAAAUAUAUGUAUUAAUAUCGUAAAAAUGAGCACUAUCCUUCUACUUAGAGUUGCCUCAUUUUUAUUUAUUUCAUGUUUUUUUUGUUUUUCUUCUCUUUUUCAUCGCUUUGGUUUCAUGGCUUUAUUCUGCUGUUUUUAGAGCCAUCACAACUUGCUACUUUCUUUCCUCUGGUUAUUGUGUAUUGCCUCCCACAUCCCCUUGUUUUUUCCCUUAUGUUUGAGUUUGAAUACAGCCCCUCUGGGAAGAUUUUCACAAAUCCCCAAAAAUAUUUCCUUAAAGGGAUAAUAUGUACCUGACUGUAACUGCCUGGUCAAACGGUUGGAUACUGGUGUUAUUAUUCACUCAAAAAAAAAAAAGUCUUAGGCUCCAAAUGGAACAAAAUGAUUAUUUAUCCACACAGAAAGUCAUCAUGUUUGUUCAGAUAUGAACAUUGUAAAGAGCCACUGCUGUGGUCCAGGUUUAGGACACUGAAGCAGAGAAUGAUGGUGUGUGUGUGCCCCUUGUUGGGCGCCUUUUUAUGUAUCUGCUCUUAAACUGGAUUUCAUAUAUAUACUGUACACUCUCGCUGCCAAACUUCCACUGCUUUUUGGUUGUUUUUAAGCCAUUGCAAAAAUAUAAAAGGUGCACUUUUGGUAAUGAUGGAAUAUUUUUUUGGAAAUUUGUUUCACUUCUGAAUAGCAGAAAAAGGGGAUAACUCGCUUAAAUGACUGAAAGUGUAACAGAUGAAAUAUUGUCCAUGUCAGGACAACCUGACUGCUCCAUUUCCAAUGUUGAAAAGACGCUCCCCUUGCCCUUGGUGUUUCUUAAUUAAAAACAAAAUUCAUGUGCUAUUUGUAA